AUGAGCUCAGAGGAUGAUGAAAACAGCAGCGGUGAUAGCAGCAGCUUGGAUGUGGAGAACGUCGUGAUCAUCGGGAGUGGUCCCGCUGGGUACACCGCUAGUAUAUACGCCGGCCGCGCUAACCUCAAGCCCCUCUGCUUCGAGGGACUGAACGUCGGCCCACCGGGGGGGCAGCUGAUGACGACAACGGAUGUCGACAACUUUCCGGGUUUCCCCGCAGGCGUUACCGGCCCGGACCUGAUGAACGGCAUGCGGGACCAGGCGUUGAGGUGGGGGGGGGUGUUUAAGACGGAGGACGUGGAGGAGGUUGAUUUUUCCAGCAGGCCGUUCGUUGUGCGCUCUACGUCGAGAACGGUCAAGGCGCAGACGGUCAUCAUCGCUACAGGGGCGACCGCGAAACGGCUUCGACUGCCUUCGGAGGAUGACUUCUGGAGUAGGGGUAUCUCCGCGUGUGCCAUCUGCGACGGGGCGGCGCCUAUCUUUGCCGACGUGCCGCUGGGGGUGGUCGGGGGCGGGGACUCCGCGGUGGAGGAGGCGGUGUACUUGACGAAGUAUUCGCCGAAGGUGCACUUGUUUGUCAGGAAGACGACGCUGGUGGCGUCGAGGGCGAUGGUCGAUCGCCUGGCGGAGGAGACCUCGGUGGAAGUACACCUGGGCACGAUCGUGGAGGACGUGCUAGGAGAAACCGAGGGAACAAGCCCCGACGGAGGUUCGCCUCUGACUGGCGUGCGGGUGCGUAACACCUCCUCCGAUGAGAGCACGGAGGUGCCGCUUCGGGGCCUGUUCUACGCCAUCGGACACCGCCCAAAUACGGGGCUUUUGGGGGGCCAAAUAGAGUUGGACGAGCAGGGGUACAUAAAGGUGAAGGCGGGGACGCCGGAGACGAACGUAGAGGGCGUGUUUGCGGCAGGGGACGUGCAGGACAGAGAGUGGCGACAGGCGAUCACGGCGGCGGGGAGCGGGUGCACGGCCGCCCUGGCAGCGGAGAGGUACCUGGCAACGAAGGGGGUGUUGAGAGAGGUGCACCAGGAGAGGCAGAAGAGCCGCCCCAAGCCCGUCAAGGACCCCGAGGAGAAGCCGGUCGUGGAGAACUUGAAGACUUUCGAGAUCGAAGAGACCAGGCAUCGCGGGGCGUACGCAUACCAACGAUUAUACUUCGAGAGCGACCGACCUCUCCUGGUCAAGUACAUCAGCCCGACCUGCGGGCCGUGUAAGGCGUUGGGACGGCUGUUGGAGAGAGUAGUGGACGAGAUGGCCGACGACAUUCAUUUCGUCGAGGUGGACAUCACCGAGUCUCCGGACAUCGCGCAGAACGCCGGCAUCACUGGAACUCCUACCGUGCAGAUUUUCCGUGACAAGACGAUGCUUGACACCUUGAAGGGCGUGAAGCCUAGGAACGUGUACAGGUCGCGCUUGAAGGCGGCGAUGCUAGAGCAGGAGGCCUAA